CACGUGACCCACGCUAACCGCCAUCUUUCCUUAUCGUAUAAACAGUGCGACCGGGCGCAGCGCGAAUUCUGGUCGUGGAAUUGUGGAUUUCCCAGUGUUUUUGAGUGAUUCACACGUGAAGAGAUGUCUGACGCAAAGACGGAGACCAAGAGCGACAACAACGUCGAGGAUGCGUCCAAGGAACAAUCAACGGAGGAGAAACCGACUCCGACGAAAAACAAACGAAGCGGCACCAAGAGACUCUCCACUCUCGAAAGGACCGCUCAAGAGGGCGAGGCAAUCUUAAAGGGCAUGAACAAAUCGGCAGUCGGUGAAGUAGAAGGCAGGAGACGCACUCGCAGUUCAGCCAGAGGCCUAACUUCAACAACGCCAGUGCCAUCGCCACCUAAAAAAGAAAAGAGGGAAACAUCGACGCGGGGUGGUGGUGGUGGUGGUGGUGGUCGCGGACGUGGACGUCCUAAGAGGCAAGAAAAGAACAAUGAGAACAACACAGACGAUGAAACUUCCAACAACAAAAGCGAAAAACACAUGGAAGAGGAGUCUACAAAGAUGGAAGUAGUUGAGGAGAAAGAAGAAAAGGAGGAAAGUAAGACGAUACAGAACGAAGACAAAAAUGCGGAGGGUGCGGACAGUAAAGACAGUAAAGACAGUAAAGAUAGUAAAGAUGUUGAGAAAGUGACGGAUGCCAAUUCCAAGGAUGAAAAAGUGACGGAGGAGUCGGAGAAUGUGGUGGAUGAAGCUAAAAGCACCGCUCCCAGUGAAGAAAAGAAGCAGGAGGAAAUAAAGGACAGCUCAGAUUCGAGUCAAGAUGCAACGGACACAGCAGCGGAAGCGCCACCUUUAUCAUCAUCAGAGUCCCAAAAUCCCUCCAACACUGUUACUACUGAGGAAAAUAAGGAAUAACCUCCCUUCGCCUGUUUUACCACUACUUUUAUGAGGUACCAAGGCGGCGCACAUAUUGGGGUCACACAAAUCCAGUCCCCCCUCGUCUAUUUUAACUAAUUAACACCUUCUUGUCGAUCGUUGUUUCAACCAGCGCAAACUUCCUUGUUAGGAUUCUAUUUUUAUUUUAUCAUUCUUUAUAGAUAAUGCAACUUUCCGGAAA